AAAAAUGUCAACAGCUACAAAUCCUUCUACUUUAUUGCCACUUGAAUUGAUUGACAAAUGUGUUGGAAGCAGAAUAUGGGUAAUUAUGAAAAGUGAAAAAGAAAUUGUCGGGACAUUAAUUGGUUUUGAUGAUUAUGUAAAUAUGGUGCUUGAGGACGUUGUGGAAUACGAGACUACACCAGAAGGUAAACGUGUUACUAAAUUGGACACAAUCCUUUUGAACGGUAAUCAUAUUACUAUGCUUGUACCUGGUGGAACGGGACCGGAAAUAUAA